AUGUCUAUUCCAGCUUCUGCCCCCAGGCCAGCACAAACUGCCACACAUAGCAGGAAAGGGGGCCUGCGGAACUCUGGCCUUGAAUUUGCCAACUUUACCCAUCUGCGCCUUGGAUCGGCUCUGUUAGAGGUCAUUCUUGCUGGCAGAGACUGCUUGUUGGCUGGAGACUCGUGCUCGAGUGAUGAGACUUGUAGUCCACGUUUGCGGACUCUGCGUCAGUGCGUGGCGGGGAAUGGCAGCAUGAAGCUGGGCCCCGGGGCCAGGAGCCAGUGUGCCAACGCAGUGUCGGCGCUGCUGUCCAGCCCCUUAAAUGGCUGCCAGUGCAAACGAGGCAUGAAGAAGGAGAAGAACUGCCUGAGCAUCUACUGGAGCCUUCACCAGUCCUUCAUACAUGGACUCAACCUGGUGGAGAGUUAUCCCUAUGAGACCGUGCACAGAGAUUACGACUACGUCCGCUUGGCCUCUAUUACAGCUGACUCAGAUGUUGGCAUGACAACUGUGAAUCGCUGCCUGGACGCAGCCAAGGCUUGCAAUGUGGACGACGUGUGCCAGAAGCUCCGCACAGAGUAUGUGUCGGCUUGUAUCAAACCCACUGCCAAGUCGGGCUUGUGCAACCGGCCUAAAUGCAAUAAGGCUCUGCGCCGGUUCUUCGACCGAGUCCCCGCCGACUACACACACGGACUGCUCUUCUGCCCCUGUACGGACACAGCAUGCGCGGAGCGGCGGAGGCAGACUAUUGUUCCCAGUUGCUCUUAUGAAAGCGCAGAAAAACCCAACUGCAUUACACAGAUAAAGAUCUGCAACACUGACUACGUGUGCAGGUCUCGCCUGGCACAGUUCCAGUACGAUUGCGAACCCUCCGAAAUAUCUGCCAAUGGCUGCAAGCAAGGGAACUACGGAGCCUGUCUUCUCGCCUACACAGGGCUCAUAGGAAGCACAAUAACUCCCAACUAUAUCGACAACUCAACUUCCAGCGUGGCUCCAUGGUGCUCCUGCUCGGCCAGCACGAGCCCGAGAGGAGACUGUGAUCACUUCCUGGGAUCCUUCACCACCAACAUCUGUCUCCAAAAUGCUCUUAUGACGUUUGGAAGUGAAUCAGACCAGCAGCCAACUGUCAGCCAGGCCAGCAUGCCGAGCCCUGGGUCCAGCAGCAGAGAAACCAGGAGCACCGCUUCUCCACAAGAAACCAUUGAAACUAUGAGGAACAUUCUGGAUACAAUAAUACCAACACAGGCCCUGGGAAAUGAGCUGCUAGUGGGUCAGUCCACCCUGCCAUCCAACAGCUUCCCAAUCUCUGCUUCACCUCCCAGCUUAAUGCUCCAAGCUGCCCUCUGCCUUCUGCUGUUGCUCUUUCAUCUGCUCAACAAUGGACACUAAAGGCCGCAGGGGAGCGUGCUGAGGACCCUCCUAGCAUCAAGCAGAUGGGAGGACCAUGCAGCUCAAAGGAAAAUGGACCGUGCGGCGUUACUCCUCCCUCUAAAUUUGUACAGCAAUUCUGUUUUUCUAUUUUUGUGUCCGAGUGGUCCAGUUCCACCUGCCAGUGUGCUCUCAGACUGUGGGAGACCUCUGCAGACUGAAGCCAGUCUGUACAUUUGUACAUUGCCGUCGCGAUCAAAUCAAGCUGAAAUGAAUUGUCACUUAUGUGGACUUACGCAACUCUCAGCUAUCGAGCUGUAUCAAUUUUCAAGAGUUAUUAUGAAAAUAUACUGCAGAUAUGUAUGAUACAAAGAUAUGAAGUAUAAAAGUACCUGUGAAGAUUUGUGUUAUCAACAGAAGCUCUUAUUUGAAAUAUUGUACGGGGAACUGGUUGGAGUAAACCGGGGAGCUUUGUGCCUGCUCAGUUUUCAGCAGACAAAGUGAUUGGAAAGCUGCUGGAAGAUACCACUCUCCUCAAUGGACAGAAAGAGAACCAUUAUUUCUGAUCAAUACUGCGAUAGUGGGGAGGCAGAGGGACAGAAGAACUCAAUUUUGCUCAGACAACAGGAAGAAAUGCCAUGUUUCUUACAUGUCCAGCAGCACUAUCUAGAACAAAAACUACCAGAGUACACAAGAAAAACCUUGGCAUAAUAAUCGUCCUAUCAAUCAACUAUCUCACAACAUCUGAUGUGAUAUUGCUAAAGCUACAGUAUCUGUUAAACAGUCCUUGGUCUCUAUCUGCAAAGACAAGCUCUUGGACUUGAUGCAGUAACGUAGCUGCUAUACUAUGUGUUUGUGAGCGUAAUACCCUUUUAUUUCUCAAUGUGUCCGUGAACAUUGCUCUACUGGGCUCUGAGUGUUUGUGCCAGAAAGGAAAGUAAAUGGUUGGACUUACUGAGCGUUGCCAACUCCAGUACGGAGACCGUGUGAGAAAAGACAGUGAUGAAUGAUUCAGUAUUUUCUGUUCAAGGAACGUGACGGUGAAUUCUAAACAGCAGCAGAGGUACUGCAAAUAAAAAGAUCUCAGAUAAUUAUGUUUACAAAUUAGCAUCAUUUCACUUUUUUACUAAUGACAAAUGCUUUUUUUGAUGCUGUUGAAUUAAGGUUGCUGGGGAUACAGAGGCAACACAACUGGAAGACAUUGUUUACCUAAACUACCACUCCUCAGAUGACUUUCGUAGCACUCUAGGGCACAUUAUUUGAAAUGGGAAUUAAACAGGAUUUAAAGCAUUAUCCAGUUCUAUUUGUGACCUAUAGUCUUCUCAAAAACCAAUCUGAAUAAAAGCCCAUCAGCCGCCUCACUUCAAAGAGCUACUAGACUUAUUUCUUGGUUUCUUAAAGGCAAAUAAAAAAUCCAUGUCAACCCUUAAGGUAUUUCCGCAUACUAAUUUACAAGUACUAUUUGUUAAUUUAUCCCUCAUCUGACAACUUGAACAAUUUUAUCCCUACUUUAAUCCAUACCAAAGACAAACAGGCAGUUUUCUGUAGUAUAGAUUAAAGCAGUGCUCCAAUUACUAAAAUAAAUACCAAAAUCAAUGACAAAAGCAGCACAGUGUGCAAUAAAAAGCUGUCUGAUGACCUGUUUCAGUUUAUAUACUCAGAAGGAAAAGGAUGACUUUAGUGGCUGAUUUCUGCAGGCAAUCCCACUUAACCCUCCACUGUUUUAUUGUUUAAAUCUUGCCUUUAGUUUGCUGAAUACAGACAAUUAACAUUACUUAACUCACAACAGGCACCAUAAUUAAGCCCUGGUGGUAAAACACGAUGAAGUAAUUAUGUUAAUAAUUAGUGUUGUCGAUGCAGAGCCUAACUGCACUGUAGAGGGGCUAGAGCGUGUGUCAGAUGGGAAGAGGAAAAGAUUCUGCAAGUGGUCCAGUGUAAAAAUGCAAAAAACGCAAUUGAAAUACACCUUUUUUUUUUAAACAACAGUAGCUCAAGGCACCAUUUUUUUUACUGCAUCCCCUUACAACUUGAAUAGAUUUAGGACUACUUUAAAAACGUUUUCAGUACUUUUUCUUUGUCACUCACAUUUGCUGUUAAUCUAUUGUAAAAGUAAUUAUUUGGAAACAUUGCUAUUUCAAACCUAAAAAGUAUAAUUGAUGCCAAUAAUUAUGGAUAAAAUAUCUUAAGCUGUAUAUACGCUGGAAUAUACCCCAAAAUAUGUUCACAUUGUUAUCAGCUGUCAGGCGAGAGACCAUGAUGCAAUGCUAUAAAAUGACACCAACUCUAACCAGGGGCCAGUUUUGCAGACAACCUCCCCAAGACGGAGAGUGUCGCGCACUGGGCAGUGAGACUGACCCCCAGUCAGCGGCUGAUGUAACUCGUGCAGACAUCCCAAACCCCCACUCUAAGGUUUUUGGCCAAAAAUAUUGGAAAACAUUUAACAAAUAGGCCAUAUCAAAGGAGGUUGUGUUGACCUAACUGUGAAGCUGGUGUGAAUGU